CCCAUUGUUAAGUGGGCGGCGCCGGAAGCCGCCGUGCGUGCGUGUGGCUGCGUUACGUCGCGUGAGGUAGCUCCGGCCAGGGUCGCCUCGGCGUUUCUCUCCCCGCCCCAUAGUCAUGGCGGCGGAGCAGGAGGCCUUGAAGGGCGGCGGAGGCGGAGGCGGCGGCAACAGCGUCCGCAACCGGGGAGGCGUCCAGCGCGUCGAGGGGAAACUCCGCGCCAGCGUGGAGAAGGGAGACUACUACGAGGCGCACCAGAUGUACCGGACUCUCUUCUUCAGGUAUAUGUCGCAGGGCAAACACGCGGAAGCCAGAGAGCUCAUGUACUCAGGGGCCCUGCUCUUCUUCAGUCAUAAUCAACAAAAUAGCGCCGCUGACCUCUCCAUGCUUGUUCUGGAAUCCUUGGAGAAAUCCGAUGCAAAAGUGACAGACGAGCUAUUAGAGAACCUGGCAAAAAUGUUUAGCCUGAUGGAUCAAAACUCGCCCGAAAGAGUCGCUUUUGUGUCCAGAGCCCUGAAGUGGUCCAGCGGGGGAUCGGGGAAGCUGGGACAUCCAAAACUACACCAGUUGUUGGCUAUCACGUUAUGGAAAGAGCAGAACUAUUGUGAAUCUCGCUAUCACUUCCUGCACUCGAUGGAUGGGGAAGGUUGCGCAAAUAUGUUGGUAGAAUAUUCCUCCGCCAAGGGAUAUCGCAGCGAAGUGGACAUGUUUGUGGCUCAAGCUGUGUUGCAAUUCCUCUGCUUGAAAAACAAAACCAGCGCCUUAGUGGUUUUCACGACGUACACGGAGAAGCACCCUUCCAUAGAAAGCGGCCCCCCCUUUGUACAGCCCUUGCUUAACUUCAUCUGGUUUCUGCUGCUGGCAGUUGACGGAGGAAAGCUGACCGUAUUUACAGUAUUGUGCGAACAAUACCAGCCUUCGCUGAAACGGGAUCCCAUGUAUAACGAAUACCUAGACAGAAUAGGACAGCUCUUCUUCGGUGUUCCCCCAAAACAAACGUCAUCCUACGGAGGACUAUUAGGCAAUCUUUUAAACAGCCUCAUGGUAGCCGGGGAAGAGGAAGAAAUAGAAGAAGAACAGCAGGAAAACAGCAGCCCCAUCGAGCUGGAUUGAUCUCCUCCUGAAUCCCUCGGAAUCCGACCACACGCUCACCCGAGACUCCCACAAACGUCAACGAAAGCGACCGAGAGAAAAAAAGACAUUGGGAACGAAUCCUGCCGUCGUUCCUCGACAGGUUCAAGGGGGGGGCCCUCUGUUAUGUUUAAAAGAAGAAGGUUUGCUGAGAUGUUCAUGUUUUGGUCUAUAUUAUUUAUGUUUUAAAAAGAAACCCUGAUGCGCUGGGGGUAGCCAGGAGGGGAAAAAAAACAAACGAUUUUGUUGCAAUCAUUAGCGGAUUUGUCUUAAUGACGGCAGCAGACCGAAAAAGGCGCUUUCUCUGUGGUUUUUCUGAGCAGUAUUUCCCUCCUCUUUCCAGGCCCAUGAAAUAAAACCAGAACACACGUUGGUUGCUUUAUAUACGUAUAUAUAUAUAUAUAUAUAUAGGCUACCAUUUUUAUUCCAGCCGAUGCACCGAUUAAGGAUUUUUGAUUGUCAAAAGGGGGGGGGAGGAGAGAAAAAUGGGGGUGGAGUUGUCGAAAAUUCAGGCAGUUGCUGCUCAAGAAAGCAUCCUGUAGACUGGUGCCAAAAUAAUAGUAAUAAUAAUAAUGAAUUUUCAGAUGAGCCAAAGAAAAAAAUUGCUACUAAUUGAAAAAGAGAACAAGAAACCAAGCAAGGAC